AUUGCAAAGACUAACGCGCACUCUAAUUACCUCUUCCCCCUUUUAAUGGAACGAAUAUCAUGAACUAUGCAUUCUUCCACAAGUUCAUAUGCGCCGGGAAAUUUUCUGCUUUUGAUCAGACAUUUUCACGUCACCAUACAUUGCUCGCCACUCUAUCUCGCGCACCCAUCGUAUGAAGUGGAAAUGUUUGUUUGGAAAAUGUUUGUUUGGAAUGUUGUUUGUGUUUUUCUGGUUCUGUUUUGGACAAGUUGCGAAGGAGUAUGGCUACUGGGCGAUGAGUUGGUAGGGUCGCCCGUUGAUGAUCCGUGCUGUGGAACCAGCGGCUUCGGAGGUGUCUCGGGCACAACUCCUUUGCCCCUUCCCAAGACCUGUUUUGAUAUUCGAGAAUUCGGCGGCGGGCAAGAUGCGGUCUACACCAUAUUCGUAUCUGAUAUCAACAAGUGUGGGAGAAAAGAUGUCUUCUGUGAACAACAGCAAGAGGGGGGUGGAUGGACGGUAGUCCAAAGGAGGUGGGGAGGACGAGAGAACUUCAAUCGACCAUGGACCGAUUACGUAAGAGGUUUUGGCAAUCUUCAGGGGGAGUUCUUCUUAGGCUUGGAUUGGAUAUACCGGAUCUCAAUGCAGAGGAGACACGAAAUGAGGAUCGAACUGAGGGACUCACAGUGGACAGAAAUAUUCACAAAAUAUUGGACUUUCACGCUCAGCGAUGAGAUCGGGAAUUAUACGAUGAAAAUCAGUGAUAUGGAUCCAAAUUCGAACGGAGGUGACGGUCUCAGUGAACACAACAACAUGCCCUUCUCGACAUACGAUCGUGAUAACGACGGCAUGCUGGCUACGAACUGUGCACGGCAAAACGGCGGUGGCUGGUGGUACCACGGAAACGACUGUUUCACGUCUAAUCUAAACAUGCGCUACCGCUUCGUGGGGAUUGGACCGAAAAGGCGAACCGCAGGGGUUGUGUGGAACCGCGACGGACGCCAGGCGUUCUUUCCGUACGUGGAGAUGAAGAUUCGUCCGAUGAUAUAGCUAGUAAUCUGCGGAUGCGGUACGAACUGAGGAAGACUUUAGUUGAAGAGGUGGGACUACCUGUUGUGUGACGGAAAUGUAAAUAAAUGAACAGGACAUUGAGGAUAUAAGAAUAUUCAUCCCAUCUAUUCCCACUGAAAAGAAAACGACUCCGACCAGACUUUAAACUCUUUUUAACUUACUUAGUUUAUCGGAGUUUGUGUCAUGGAGAUCCCAGCAACCUGGAGACCGGAGGUAACUAUAAUCAGGUUACCACUUGUUGGCGACUUAUCGAGUCCCCUCUGGUCGCGGAGAUGCAAGGUCAUGCAGCCUUUUACAAGGUUCCAUACAUUUUCGGCCACUUCUCAAUAAUAUUUCAUUCAUUAUGUAGGGCUAUUUAUUAUAGUCAUUUUCUUGAAUUCGCACUUGAACCUGAAUUUAAACUUUUUUCUGUGACGAUUCGCGGGGUUUGAUUUUUUACAUUCUGUUGGAAUGUAAAAAAAGAAACAUAUGAACAUCGCAAAAACAUCGUGGAAAAGCCGCGACGAUGAGUCGCGACCACAGAAAACUACUUCAAGUUAUCGCUACCACUUCAAGGUACAUUGCCAUCUCGUUGAGUUGUGGGUCCUUGUGGCCCCUUGAGCACAGAAAUGAAUGCAUAUAGGACAGCUUAUAUCCUUGGAAAGCUUACGAGCCAUAUUGCAAGUUUAAUACACAGUGCAUUGGAAUGAAACUCAUGCGCGUAAAAUCAUAUUGUCAUUAUUCUUAUGAAAGUGCAGGAAAAAUAAUAAAGCUAUAUAACCAGUGUUCAAUAUUCUUCUGAAUCGUCAUAUUUUCAUUAACAUUUUCUUUUGUAGAGAUAAUAACGGUAACCUAAGGACACCCUCUUAAACCGAAACUUCCCCCAAACAUCCGUGACAAUAUCGUCUGGAUAUACCAAUCCUAUAGGUUGUGGAUAUGAUUCAGGGUGUGCUGAGAGAAUGGUGAAUUAACAAAGAGUAUUGAUCUAAAAAUAGAGAGAAAGAAAAGAUGAAUGUAUUAACUUGGUCUGAUCUCUAAGAAAAAAAUCCACCAAUAAUAAACGAAAUUGCAAAAUAAAAAUUAUUAUUGUUACCUGAUUUAAAUCUAUUUUAUUAUCUCGAUGAUGCAAGAAAACAUGUAAAGAGAAUGAGAUCGAGGCAAGAGAAAUAAAAUAAUUUUGAAAGUUAGCAUUAUAGAGUGUCAAUAAAAAUGAUUAUUGUUACCUGAUUUAAAUCUAUUUUAUUAUCUCGAUGAUGCAAGAAAACAUGCAAAGAGAAUGAGAUCGAGGCAAGAGAAAUAAAAUAAUUUUGAAAGUUAGUAUUAUAGAGUGUCAAUAAAGGCCUAACAUUGCCGACAAACAAUCUUUUCUGUUGCAGGCUCUUGAUUUUCUUGGACAUUUCUUGGAGGUUUUUUUAGUAUAUAUUUCCAAAUAACUAGGGGUUAGUUGAUUAGGGUGUGGGCGUUUUCGUCUUACAAAUAACAUUUCAAAAAAGUACAUAAUCCUGUAUUUCAAAACCAUUUCGAGAUUUGAGCUUCAGUAAUGUACUUUCUAUUACGACAACCUUGAUAUAGGGACAAGAUGUUGCCAAACUUUCUAAAAGGAUAUAGUUGGAGGUCCGGGCUCAUCACAUUUUUCAGCCCCCCCCCCCCACACACACACACUCACGCACUCAGAAUUUGCGACAAAAUAUAGAUUUCCAUGCCUCUGGUCAAAUCAAAAUGAAGUCCUUCCUAAUAACAUCGCCAAAAUAACCCCACACAAUGGGAAUGAGACCCACCUGACUUAC